CGGAUCGCGAACACGUCCUCGACCCGCGCUAAACGCCGUCGCUUCACAUUCGCGCCACUUCUCGCGAUUUUCGGGCCCGGCGAAUAUCAGAGUCGCGCCGCGGACUUGGCGUCAAUCCAGCAAAUGGCGAGUUGUACUUUUUCCUUUUUAACUUUCAUUUUCACUCCGCGCAGGUCCGCGUAGUUGCGUGGCUGGAGGGGAGCCGCCAUGGCAGCGCUGCGCAGAGAUGCCGCUCUCGAAGCCUUAGCGCAACAUCUCAAGUGCUCCAUCUGCUACGAGAUCUUUCUGGAUCCCGUCACGUCGUCGUGCGGCAAACACAACUACUGCAAAGGGUGUCUGAGCACUUUCUGCGAGGGGAACGGCAGCAGGAGGAACUGCCCGCAGUGCAUGGAGGGCCGCCGGCAGGACUACACGCCUCAGAAAAAUGUCACACUGUGUGAAAUAGUGGAGGUUCUCGGCAGAGACACGUGGGAGGAGCUUCUGGCCCAGAGCGAGCAGAACCGCGACAAUCAUCACGUGCGUCUCAUCCGAGACUCGGACGGGCUGGACAGCCAGACACGGAAAUUCCUCACGGGACAAGUGACGGAGGAUGCCGGACUGUACAAGGAAGAGGCAAAUACAUCACAAUGCGACACCACAGCAUUAUCAGCGGUCAGAGAGCUGUCAAAAGUCCCAAAUCAUACAGGUGUUGCUGCAUCAGAACCUCACGAGGAGUGUGGAAGUAGCUCUGAAAACUCGGAACUGGCGUUCAACGGAGCGCAGAGUGUGACUGAAAUGCUGGAGGCUGGUGCACAACAGGCGGAAUCGUCAGACAGCCAGACUGAAACUUUUGCCAGGCUGAACUUCAGCCCUGAGCUCAGGCACAGUAGCCUGGCUAUCUCGCAGGACGGCCGCAGGGUGGAGGUGCAGAAACCGAGGGGGUUGUCCCGAUCCCGGCAGGAACGCUUCGAAACGAGCCAGGUGAUGGCAGACCCCGAGUUUGCAUGCGGUGCGCACUACUGGGAUGUGGACGUGACUCGCGCCGAUGGCUGGGCCAUCGGCGUGGCCUACAGCAGCCUGGGUUCCGGAGAUCUCCUGGGUCGGACUUGCACCUCCUGGUGCCUGGAGUGGAGCAACAAGAGACUGUGCUACUGGCACGAUAGCGAGCGGAAACUCCUAGGAGGUGACCGUCCCGGUAAAGUGCGAGUUGUGCUUGAUAUGAGUCAGGGCUCACUGUUGUUUUACAGCCUGCGUGAAAAAAAGACUUUGCUGCACAGUGCGCUGGUCAACUUCACUGCACCCGUGAGGUCUGCAUUCUGGCUCUAUGGACUAGGGAACAGAAACUCUCUGUCCUUCACUGGACCAUAGUUGAUGACUUACUGGAAGAAGAUCUGUUGUAAUGACUGCAUUUAUUUCUUUAUAUUUUACACACACACACACACACA